AUGUUUAUACCGCCAAAAACGACGAAGAAACAAGCGAAAACUCAACGAAUGGCAUAUUUUCAUAUAUCUCCUCCGGAUGUGCUUAAUUUCACCGAUGGUUCAACGGCUCGAACUGGCGUGAAUGGAGGUCCGGACGCUUGGAGCAAUUACACUUUGGCAACAAUGCUUGAUAAAGUAGACGAGGCAGGUCAGGUAGCUACACUUCUUGCAGUAGUGGGAAAAAAGGCAAACAAAGUAUUUAGGGCAUUUGUUUGGGGGUCAGAAGGUGAUUCUAAGAAAAUUGAUCUAGUCUUAAAGCAGUUCGAGGAAUACUGUAUUCCAAGACAGAAUGUGGCAUAUGAAUGUUUUUGUCUGUUUACGCGUGAUCAAGGGCCCACGCCACGGGAACCGUAG